AUAACUACUUGCCAUUGAUGAUGUUCUUUCCUUUCAUAUGGAUACCUUCUUAUUUGUGGUAAGAUCUGUCGUUGAUAUGUACCUUCUUCUUUUCCAUUCAUGAUGCUUCCCUGGUUAUGAGGUCGGACCGGAUUGGUGGGCCAGACCAAUAGAACCACCAACCAAAUGCAAUAGUAACUUGAUAAAGAAGUAACCCAAAAAUCCACAAUUUUUACCAACCAAAAUCCCUAAUUCUUACCGUAUUUUUUGUUUGUUACUGAAAUUAUUUUCUUGCAUUCCUUUUUUUUUUACAAAAGAUAAUCAUAUAUUGAUUCCACAAAAAUAGGUAGUUACAUCCUGGAGAUCAGCCAAGACUGAAAAUCAAAAGAACGACUCGUGGUCGGGUACAAAGCAAGGGUCUUUCGAGCCACCAAAUGGGCCACCCAAUUACUACUCCGACCUACAAAACGAACACUAAACCCCGGCUUACUAGACAACACCCGCACCACCUCUUCCAGUAUCGCGCCCAUCCGGUUAUCCCUUGUAUCGGCCUGCAAGAUCUUAUCAAUAACCACCUUGGCGUCCCCUUCAAAUCUUACCUCCGUGAAACCAUGCUCAAGACACCAAAGAAUACCCUCGUGAAGGACAAGCAGCUCCACUAUCAUGGGAUCAUCAAUUAUCGGAAAUUGGACACCUUUAGCCCGAAGGACAUCUCGAGAGGGGGUCAUCAAGACCAACCCCCCCGCCGAAUGAGAACCUCUCCUAGUAGCCCCAUCUCACAUGCAAAUUACCCCUGUAUGCCCCGUCAAGCUUGGUUGCUGAGGCGGAGGACGAGCAUACUGAAGAGCUUUAUCCCUCGGGAGGUGAACCCACUCCUCAUAUUGCUGGGUAAACUGGCGCAUCAAUGCCGGGUACCCAAACUGCUUACCUUCAAAGACUACCCAGUUCCGAGACCGCCAGAUUCGCCAGAGGACCGCAACUACGCCCAUAAGCCAUCAAUUUUUUGAGGAAAAGAGAGAAACUAUACCGAGGAAGCCCCUCCCCUAAGUAUUCCAGCCCCGAAUAGCCCCACGGGGCCCGGGCCACUGGACAGUCGAGAAACAGAUGUUCCAGAGUUUCCUUACUAUCCCAGCAAACCGGACACCGAGGAUGCACCGGGACCUUUCUCUCAAUUAGAGCUUCCGUAGUUGGUAAAAUACGAUUGAGGAUUUGCCAAACAAACACCUUCAAUUUAGGAGGGAUAUUGGCCUCCCACAAACGGAUCCAACUUGUCCUAUCAAUCCAACUUCUUGCAUUCCUUCUUAGCUAGAAGAAGCUCUGAAAUUAGAUCGUGGAAUAUAAACUCUAUGAUGGCUUGGAAGGGAAAAGGAAGGGAGAAUUGCGCGGCUGAUAAACCAAUAGCAUAUGGAUGAAAUAUCAUUGGUAAAACAAAAUAUGGGUCGGUAUUAUUUUGGAGCGUCCAAGUUUAAAAUUAAACGAGCUUGCCGGCGGACCACUGCCAUCUCAUUCUGAAGUGAGUACUCUAUCGCCAAAAGAAGAGGUCAAAUCAGAAGAUAGCUGAACAAAGAUGGAUUGAAGGUAAGAUAGAUUUUUUUCCUUUUACAGGAAUAGGACCUUUGAUUGACCAUGGAGCGUAUUAAUACCGAAUGUGUCGAUAGAUGAUUUUUUUAUCGGCUCUGGCACAGUAUAGAUCAAUAAAUAACAAAUAAGAAAAACCGAAUUGGUCU